CCGAAAUCCGAUCAUUCUUAUAUUUAAGCAUGUCUGAUCUUUUGUUUUCGCCCCCGAGUUUUCAACUACGUCUCUGAUAUGCUACGACAAUUGUAAAAGAAGGAAGAAGAGCGUGCUAGGUAUUCGGGGACGGAAAAGGAACAUUACGAUUGCUCAGAGCCACCAACAAUGGAUUGUCACCAAGUCACAUCUCGUGCCCUCUACGAGGAUGACGAGAUCAACGAUCAUGUCAACCAGAUCGACCAAGGAAACGAAAACAAUGGCAAGACGGGGACCGAUCUAGAGAAGCAACCGACUGCAGUAUCGACAGCGUCGUUCCAGGAAACGUAUCCCGAGGGCGGCUUGCAGGCGUGGUCCGUGGUCGCUGGUUCGUGGUUCUCUCUAUUCGCUUCGCUUGGACUAAUGAACACCCUCGGCACUUUUCAGGCCUAUGUUCUCGACAACCAACUCACAGAGUAUAGCGAGGGUACCGUUGGUUGGAUCUUUUCUAUCUACACCUUUCUCGCCUUCUUCUGCGGUGUGUACAUUGGACCUGUCUUUGAUAAGUAUGGUCCGAGAUGGCUUGUCAUUGCUGGCGCUGCGUUCACCGUUGGUGGUAUGAUCUUUAUGAGUUUUGCGACUGAACUCUGGCACUUUGUCGUCGCCUUUGGCCUCCUCUGCGGUUUUGGAUCAUCACUACUCUUCACCCCCUCGAUCGCUGCUGUAGGCCACUUCUUCAAGGCUCGACGUGGACUAGCGACUGGUGUUGCAUCUACUGCUGGUGGAUUGGGUGGUAUCAUCUACCCUUUCAUGUUGACGAGGCUAAUCGAAAAGAUUGGUUACGGAUGGGCCACUCGAGUCAUUGCUCUCAUCUGCCUCGUCUGCAGUUUGAUCGGUAUCUGUCUUCUCAAAUCCCGACUUCCACCCGCCAAGGACGCUACUGCGCACCCCAACUUUCUCAUCUUCAAGAGUCUGCCUUUCCUCUUCACCACGAUUGGCGUCUUCAUGCUGGAGUUCUCCCUCUUCAUUCCUCUCGGCUACAUCUCGACAUAUGCGCUGCACAAGGGCUUCGGAAAGGACUUUUCCUACAACCUCAUCCCUAUCCUCAACGCUGGAUCGGUCAUCGGUCGACUUUUGCCUGGCUACUAUGCCGAUGUGAUCGGUCCUUUUAACGUCAGCAUCCUGGCUGUGAUCCUUGCCAUUGUGGCCUGCUUCUGCGUAUGGCUACCUCUUGGUGGAACCACAGCUGGUGUCAUUAUCUUCACCGUGUUGUUUGGUUUCUCCUCGGGAACGUCCAUUGCCAUUGCGCCUGUCUGUAUUGGUCGACUGUGCAAGACGCAAGAGUAUGGACGCUAUUAUGCUACAGCCUAUACAAUCGUGUCUUUUGCUUGUCUGAUCGGUAUUCCCAUUGGUGGUAGCAUUGUCCAAGCCAAUGGUGGUGAAUACUGGGGUCUAAUCAUCUUGACUGGUGCCGUUUACGUGGCAUCCAUGAUCUCACUCUUCCUGGCCAAGGUCACUCUGUUGGGCUGGCACAACUGGAAGGCUGCCCUUUGAACAUUCAUCGAGCACAUCAGCAUCUAACGGAAUCAAACCUCGAGACUGAACGGCUGUCGUCUUUUAUCGAGAACUGAACACACAAAAUCAUGACACCUUUAAAAGUAUUGCAUUUAUCUUGGGAACGGAGUUCUGGAUACUAAAAAGAGUUAAGAAUGUCAAUAUCAUUGCUGCGAGUCUUUGUACAUAGAUACCACAAUACGUAGGAAAAUAUAAUAGUUAUUGCUUUGUAC